CGUCCAGGCUCCACCUCCACUUUGGCCUCCUGGCCAGCCUCUCCCUUUUUUCCCCUUCCUCCAGGCCCCGCCUCUGCCCCGUGCUGCACUCCCCGCACUUCCUCGCCUCCCCCCUGCCCCCAACCGCGGUGGCUUCCUGGGCGAACAGCGUGCUGCUGCGUCAUCGCCAGUGGCCGGUUUGAAUGAGGCUUGUCGCACCUGAGCUGCCGCUACCACUGCGCUUCCUCUCCGGCCGGCUCCACAAGCUGCUUCAUAUUCCUCGGCUGCCCUUGUCAGGCCCAGCCUCCCGCGCCGUUUCUUCCCUCCUGCCUCGCCAUGCCACUCUACUCUGUUACAGUAAAAUGGGGAAAGGAGAAAUUUGAAGGUGUAGAAUUGAAUACUGAUGAACCUCCAAUGGUGUUCAAGGCCCAGCUUUUUGCAUUGACUGGAGUCCAGCCAGCCAGACAAAAAGUUAUGGUGAAAGGAGGAACCCUGAAGGAUGAUGACUGGGGAAACAUCAAAAUGAAAAAUGGAAUGACUGUACUAAUGAUGGGGUCAGCAGAUGCUCUUCCAGAAGAACCCUCUGCUAAAACUGUCUUCGUAGAAGACAUGACAGAAGAACAGUUAGCAACUGCUAUGGAGUUGCCAUGUGGAUUGACAAACCUCGGUAACACUUGUUACAUGAACGCUACAGUUCAGUGUAUUCGCUCUGUGCCUGAACUCAAAGACGCCCUUAAAAGGUAUGCAGGUGCCUUGAGAGCUUCAGGAGAAAUGGCUUCAGCACAGUAUAUUACUGCAGCUCUUAGAGAUUUGUUUGAUUCCAUGGAUAAAACUUCUUCUAGUAUCCCACCUAUUAUUCUGCUGCAGUUUCUUCACAUGGCUUUUCCACAGUUUGCAGAGAAGGGCGAACAAGGACAGUAUCUUCAGCAGGAUGCUAACGAGUGCUGGAUACAAAUGAUGAGAGUCCUGCAACAGAAACUAGAAGCCAUAGAAGAUGAUUCUGCUAGAGAGACCGAGUCUUCAUCUGCAUCAGCAGUCACACCUUCUAAAAAGAAAAGCUUAAUUGAUCAGUUUUUUGGUGUUGAGUUCGAAACUACCAUGAAAUGUACAGAAUCUGAAGAAGAAGAGGUCACCAAAGGAAAGGAAAAUCAACUUCAACUUAGUUGUUUCAUUAACCAGGAAGUGAAGUAUCUUUUCACAGGGCUUAAAUUGCGACUUCAGGAAGAAAUUACUAAACAGUCUCCAACAUUGCAGAGAAAUGCUUUGUACAUCAAAUCUUCUAAGAUCAGCCGGCUACCUGCUUACUUAACUAUUCAGAUGGUUCGAUUUUUUUAUAAAGAGAAAGAAUCUGUGAACGCCAAAGUUCUUAAGGAUGUUAAAUUUCCUCUCAUGUUGGAUGUGUAUGAACUCUGUACACCGGAACUUCAAGAGAAAAUGAUCUCUUUUCGGUCAAAAUUCAAGGAUCUAGAAGAUAAAAAAGUGAAUCAGCAACCAAAUGCAAACGACAAGAAUAGUCCUCCAAAAGAGAUUAAGUAUGAACCCUUUUCAUUUGCUGACGAUAUUGGCUCCAAUAAUUGUGGCUACUAUGACUUACAAGCAGUGUUAACUCACCAGGGAAGAUCUAGUUCUUCGGGUCAUUAUGUAUCAUGGGUGAAAAGAAAAGAAGAUGAAUGGAUCAAAUUUGAUGACGAUAAGGUCAGCAUUGUAACACCAGAAGAUAUUCUGCGACUGUCUGGAGGUGGAGACUGGCACAUUGCUUAUGUUCUACUUUAUGGGCCUCGAAGGGUUGAAAUAAUGGAAGAAGACAGUGAACAGUAACCUUCAAUUUAGCUAUUUAUGCCUAGGUGUGAUAUAAAUGUGUGUAUGUGGUGGUUUUUUUUUUUUUUUUUUGAAUAUUUCUAUAAUCUUGAGCUCUAAAGAGAACGAGAACAGAACCAAGCCACUUGUGUAUCAUCAAUCUUAAGACUACAGAUAAUUACGUUUGGGUGCUACCUAAUAUAAAGGUAGCUACAAGACAUUCUUUAAAAUCUUAUCUUUUGCAUUAAUUGUUACAAAUUCUUGGCUGAAAUCCAUUUUAUCCCUUGCCUUUUCAACCCAAGAUUUAGCAAUGAUGUUUAUUGCACACCUAUGUGUUGUUCUUGCAUGGUUAAUACCACCGUUCAGUAGCUGCCCGUCCUUUGCCUUAUCUAACCAAUAUUUUCCUAGGAGGUGGAAAAUGAAGUGUUGCUCUCAUCGUGUAACUCAGUGCUGCUGUCCACAUCCCAUCAACUGGGUGCAAUCAAGUAUUGUCCAGACUGACUGUUGCUGGCCUUUCAUGACUUUACAAUAAAUUGUGAUUAAUACGAACACACUUGAUUAUACACUUAUUAUUGUGUCUCUAAUGUGCUGUGGUUUAUGUGUAACUUUGCAUUGGUCUUUGUGGUAAUCAUAUGUAUAAACAAGCUCUAGUUGCUUAUUUUUAGAAACUAAGGAUAUUUAAUAAUUAAAAAUAAGGAAAAAGAGGGAUUAACAACUUUUGACCUGGUCUCUUUUUAGUAUUAGAGCUUGGCUGAAGAGUCAGAUGAAUUCAAUACUAUACAGUUUCUGCAAAUAGCUAAUAAUCUAAGCAGUUAAGCAUCCAUUUAAAAUACAAGAAACUUUAGGUUGGCCAGUGUUAUUUCAAAAGAAACACAAAGUUGUAAAAGUGAUGAAUUCCUUUGGACACUGAAUUCUGUGAUCAGUUUCAUUACCUCACAUAUCUGUUGCUUAUGUUUCAGGAACCUUAAUUUCCUUAGCAAUCUAAGGAAAGGACCAAGUGUUGAAUAUUGUAGCAAGUUGGUCGAUUUGAGUUGAUUAUUAAUAAAAUUUUGGGAAUAUAAUGACAUCUUGGACUAUAUGUUCUAAUGCUCUGUAAAGUACCCAAGAUUUUUAUUUGAUAAUAACUCUGUAACACUGUGGGUAAGCCAGCAGGUUUGUAAAGUUUGCUAACUUACAUGGAAUGUGUACUGUAAUGGUUUUACUCAGUCUCAUCGGCUAGAACAGUUGGAGAAGGAAGUAACUUGGCACCUGUGUUUUCCCACUAAACCAGGUGAGGUGGGUUUACAACAAAUACACCAAAACCAUGUUUAGAGUGCACUGAGAAUUAAAAACUAUUAUACAAAAAGCUUCUCGAUAGUUUAUUUGACCUAGAAAAGCAUUCCAAAGAUAAUUCUUUAAAGUAGAAAUUGGAUUUCCACAGUGUUGUUUUAAAUAAGGUGUUAAGUAUUUUAGAAUGCAUCCUUGAAUGUAAGAGAGAAGAGGCAAAAAAUCCAUUCUCCCUUUCAGUUCCUGAGCAUGCCUUAAUUUGCUUAGUGCAGAGGGUACCAGGAAGCUGGAGCUGUGCGCAGCCACUGCUUCCCCAGCUAGCGGAGUGUGCACGGUCCAGGCAAGAACACUUUUAACCUUCACCAGACACCAAACACCCACAGGAAAUGUUGUAUGGGAACAGAACAUGAACCUUCAGCCAGCACUGCACAUGCUCUGCUACAUACAGUGUAUUUUCACAAGUGAACUGACAGGAAUCCCUGGGUGUUUAGAGACUUGAGGAGGUCAAGUAAUCUUUAUAAAGCUAAAGGAGUAGUUGGGUCAUAGACUCCACUUCACAUAAAGUUAGAGGCUAGCAAACAUUUUCUGUAUUGGCCAAACAGCAAAUGGUUUAGGUUUUGUAGGGCCCCUGGCUAUCAGUCUGAACUCUUGCUGUAGUAGAGUAAACAUGGCAGACUGCCAGUAAAACACUUAAACUAUCCAUCCUUUGCCAAUCCUCUGCUUUCCAGCUUUCCAGUCCUAAGGUUUCAGAAGUGUCAUCUUGUGAUUUCAGAAUACAUUUUAUAACUGAUAGCAUGCAGGAAACUAAUUUGGGACAGGACUCUAACAUACUCAUAAAUAGUACUCAUUUAACUUCAUUAUAAAAAUACUUACAAAACGUCGUCUGUGAUCUUGUGGUCCUUUUACUUUGGCCAUUUUCCCACCCUGUCCUCCUAUACUCCAAUGCCUGUUCGGUAUGUGGUUUUUUGAGCACCAGCUAACUGUACAACAGCUGUUAUAAAAGUGUUUAUUGUUUACCAAAACCAGUGGACCUUUUAUCAAAUGCUGCUUGGUAACAAAAUCUUAUCACUUUUCAAUAAAAAAGGAGAGAAAGAAAGAAA